UCAACUUAAUGUUCAGAAGUGAAACGAAGCGAAUUCUAACUAACUGUUUUCUUUCGCGCGAGCAGUUUAUUAUACAAUAGUUUCUGUUUUAAUAUUUCCAGGUUGUCAUGGAAAUUGAAGAGUUCAUCUAUGUUCCUCAAGAUGAUGAAGUCCUAUUUAAUCAGAUUGAUGAAGAUCUUGACCUAGCUUUUGCUUUAUCAUUGCAACAAGAAUUCAGUGAAGAAUCUCAUUCAGCUAACAAACAGGAAGAUUCUGCAAGUUCAUCUGAAUCAAAUUCUAAACCUUUAAGUAUAAUUGAUUCUCAGUGGGAAUUAAUUGAUCCGAAUCCAGAUAUCCAUGCCUUAUUCUUGGAAUUUAAUGCCAAGUUCUUCUAUGGAAAAUUGGAUUCUGUAGAAGUAAGAUGGAGUCCAAGAAUGACAUUGUGUGCUGGUUUGUGCUGCUAUGAAGGUAGAGGUAGAUUAUGCUCAGUCCGCUUAAGUUUACCUUUGCUGAAGCUUCGGCCUCGUAAAGAUUUAAUUGAAACUCUUUUACAUGAAAUGAUUCAUGCAUACUUGUUUGUUACUGCAAAUAAUAAGGAUCAUGAUGCUCAUGGACCUGAAUUUUUAAAGCAUAUGUACAGAAUAAAUAAGGAAGCUGGUACAAGAAUAUCUGUUUACCAUAGUUUUCAUGAUGAAGUGGAUUCAUACCGAACACAUUGGUGGAAGUGUAAUGGACCUUGUCAAAACAAACGGCCAUUUUAUGGCAUAGUCAAAAGAGCAAUGAAUCGAGCUCCUGGACCUAGAGAUAACUGGUGGGCUCAGCAUCAAUCCACCUGUGGUGGUACCUUUACAAAAAUAAAAGAACCAGAUAAUUACAAACAAAAGUCUUUAAAAAGGAAACUUCUAGAAAAAGAUCAGAAAGGAAUAAAAAGUUAUUUUGAAGCUAGCACUUCUAAAUCUGUUUCAUCUUCAUUCAAUUCUACCAAAAAACAUAAAGGAAUAGACAUUAGUGCUAUUCAGUCAAUUCUUGGUAAGGAUGCAAAUAUAGUUUCUGUGAACAGUGGAGGAUCUUUUACCCCUGAUUUACCUACUGUUAAAGAAAUGAAUCCUCCUGUGCCUUUUGCUGGACGAGGCUUCACAUUAGGAUCGUCAUCAUCUGAAACUCCAAGAUCAUUUCUAGCCAAACUUCGAAAAGAUGGACUUUUAAAAUCAAAUAUUUCUACAUCAGUUACUUCUUUAGAAAAGAAAGAAUGUGUUCAGCCAAACAGCUGCAAGGAUGAAGUUGUAAAAAAUUCAGAUACUAAUAAAAAAGAUUCUCCUUGUUCAGCUAGCAACUCUUUAAAUGCUACUCUAAGUACUGUUGAAAAAAGUAAACUUGUACAAAGUUCUUUGGACCAAUUUGUGUCAUCACCUCUCAGAAAUUCAGAAACUGAUGAUGCUCCAACAUUUAGAUCUGUUUCGCAACAAAAUGAGAGCAGUGAAGUUGAGUGCCCAGUAUGUUCAAUCCUUUUACCAAGUGCAGAUAUCAACAAUCAUUUGGAUCAGUGUUUGCUGGCAAAUGGUUAACAAUUUUUAUGUAGAUAAAUACAUUUUAAAUUUACUAUUUUAAAAUCAACAUGCCUUUAAGAAUUUUUGUAUAUUUAUAAAAUUUACAUAAUAAAUCUUUAUCCUUUUAAAUGAGUAAUCAACUUUAUU